AUGGCGUGGUCGUCCUACCACGCCGUCAUCAUCCUGGAGGGCGUGCGGGCGGCGCUGGCAUCCUGGAGGGCAUGGACCCUGGAGCAGUCGACGUUCCAGUCCUCCACCUCGGGGGCCUUCCUGUGCGUGGAGGGGCUGCUGCUGGUGUGGGCGCUGGGCGGCGCGGCGAGGAUGCUCGGCACGAAGGGCGGCAAGAGCGGCGCGGCCGCAAAGGCCGGGCACCGGCAGGGCGCGGCCUCCGCGCCGGAGGCGGGGACCCUGCAGCUGGUCCUGGCGGCGCCGUGCGGGCCGAGCAGGGAGCCCUUUGCGUCCAACGCGCUGGAG